AUCACGUCCCAAAUUUGGGGGUUUAACCACCAAGAACAGCAAAGGAAGGGUUUUGCAUUUUCUUCCAGCACCAUUUUCUUGCUUGUUCAAUCAAAAUGCAUCGACGUUCAUCAAUUUCUCUCUGUAAAUCGCUUCUCAGACACCCUUUUGAGAAAUCAACAAUACCCAAAUCUUAUUUUUCCAUAAGAACUCUUACAUCUCUCUCAAAUUCAUCCUUAAACCUCACGAAAACCCGACAUUUUCUUGGUCCGACGAGUUCAAAUUCAUCAACCCAGCUCGUAAAUUUUCAGAAUUUAAGGCGAUAUAGUGUUGACACUAACAGGGAAGUUGAUGUAAUCAAUCUUAAGUUUGCAGAGGCAAGAGAGGAGAUAGAAUCAGCUAUGGAAUCUAAAGAGACUGUGUAUUUUAAUGAAGAAGCUGAAUGUGCUCGUGAUGCUGUUAAGGAAGUUCUUGAUUUGUAUCAAGGGUUGUUGGGAAAGGUGACAGAGAGUGAAAAGGGGGUGAUUCAAAGGUCUAUGGGGCUUAAGAUUGAGCAAUUGAAGGCUGAGCUUGAGCAAUUGAAUGAGUGAAUGAGAGGAUUAAUGUUAGCGUGCUAAAUAAGGGAAGAUUCUUCAGCAUAACCAUAUGAGCUUGCAACUGUUCAAGUCUACGAGAUACUUUGUGCCAAGGCAGUUGUCUUCUGUGUCUGUCAAAAUCUUAAUAAUUACAUUCAGCUUGCCAGUUAUGCUUUAAGUAGUCCUAGAAAUAUCUUUCAUUGACCUAGAUGUUUGAACUUCUUCCUUUCUUUGCCGAAUUGAGCAAAGCAAAUUUGUCUGAAUGAUGCAGUCAUGAAGAUGUAUGUUCUUCCCAUUUCAGAAUA